AACACCAAACUCUCUCAAACUCCCUACACUCUCUCAAACUCUCUUAAAAUUCCUGAGAUUUAAAAUACACUCAACUCCCCCAAAAUCACUUGAGGACUAACCCCCUCUAAAACGUUUGGAGUUUCAAAUUCGCGCUAUAAAUAAAUAUAUAAACACGAUCUCCUUCCUCUCUGCUUUGUGGUGUGCGUCGUUUGAGUUUCCCGUCGGCACAGGGUUUUCACUUUCUACAAGCAUCUGAAUCGUUGGACAAAUCCAUUUUAAUCAACUAUGUUCAAGUAUCUCUGGGGUACUGGUGGUUCUCAAGAGGAACAAAUUAGGCCACCAAUGGAUUUGUAUUAUCGGCCUUCUACAUCAGCUAACUCAAAUAAUCACCUUAAUCUCCAACAACUCUCGGAUUCGCUGAUGUCGUUGCCUAGUUCCCAAUGUUCACCGGCUGAUUCUGUAAGCAUUAAGGAGUUGUUGAAUAAGAAAAGUGUCGACGAGAUAGAGAAACUACAAUCAGACAAGAAUGCGUACGAUCAAUUCUUACUUUCGCUUGAAGAAGUGAAGAUUCAAAACAAUGUAUACGACGAACUGCAGAAGGAAACAUUGCAGAUUGCAAGGGGAAAUUUAGAAAAGGAGCCACGCAUUUUGGAGCUCAAAGAUCAGUGUGAAAUAAUUCGAACAAAAGACCUUGCUGCAGCCCUGGAGAAACUAAACAGACUAGAGAGCCAAAAGGAAGAGAGUAUUAGGGGUUUUUCUCCCUCCGUGCUUCUUCAAGAGCUGCAAGAAGCCAUGGAUAAAGCAGAAGAUGAAACUGAGAACCUUCAAAGACGGCUCACUAGUAAGGAGACUGAGCCAGCUAUGUUUGUGCAAGAGUGUAAAAAGCUGCGCAUGACCUAUCAAAGACGAGCACUUAUUCAUCUUGCAGCUCAGACAUCGAUCCCUGGAUGAUCUUGUGGAUGCUGUACAUACCACAUUUUUGAGAAGUUACGUUACAUUUGUACUGCUGGUGUCUUUUUGCUAUAAAUUGUACUUCAUGUUUCAGGAGUUGAUAAAUCUGGACUAGGUGAACACUAGCUAACGAUUUCUUGCUGCUGCUUUUUCUUUUUCCUUAUUUCUUGUUUCACUUUUUUCAAUUUUUGAGAAACAUCUCUUAUUUUCAGUCACAAUAACCAAUCACUCAGUAUUGUAUUA